UCGUGUCAAGCGCAGUAGACAGCCACUCAGGAGAACAACAACAUUCAUUAUAGUUUACCUAUCAUAAAAGUAUGAAUUAUUUUGCACUUUACUAUAACCUACCCGAUUCUUAGCCAAUCCCCCAUAGUGGGUACGUGCCAGUAGAUCACAAGGAUCUUCAUCUACAUCUAGUUAGGCCCGAGAGCAAAGGAGAACCACACGAGUGAGCCAUCUAACUUCAGUGCUUCAUUUCCCUACAGGAGUAUCGAAGCGAAUUCUGCGAGAACUCGGCAUGGAAGCCAAAGAUGAGGCGGGGACUGGCUCGCCGAAGUCGUCUCUGGAGCGCCGCGAGGUUACGUCGCUACCCGUCGUGCUGGGGCUGUUCGCGGCAUCGACGUUCACUGACGUCAGCAAGAUGAUCUGCAGUUACUCGCUUCGCUACCACAACGACGGUGCGUACCCGAUGAACCAGUCGCUCAUGGUGGCGCUGACCGAGGUGGUCAAGUGCGUGCUCGUGGCCGUCGCGCACGUGGUCACGAGUGGCUCCCUGCGCGUGCGGCCCUCGCUCAAGUUCCUGCUGCCCUCGCUCAUCUACAUGCUCACGAACAACAUCUUCUUCUUCGCGCUGAACUACGUGACGCCCGCAGUGUGGCUCGUGUUUACCCAGUGCAGGAUCUUCCUCACGCUCCUCGUGUACAAGUACCCGUUCGGCAGACACGUGACCCGAGCGCAGUGGACUGCUGGCGCCCUCAUCGUGGUGGCCGUGGUUGGCAGCCAGGCGGACGCCCUGAUCAGCCAUGCGCGGUCCGCGUCAGUGGCCACGGCCCUGGCGCUGGCACUGCUCUGCGGGUCUCUCUCCACUAUGGCGGCUGUCUACACAGAGUACUACUUUAAGAACGACAGUCGCACCAUUUGGGAGCAGCAGUUCCAGAUGUACUUCGGCACCGCCUGCAUCUCCGGCGCAGCUGCUUUGUUUUCCACAGAGUCACUCGUCUCCACAGACGAGCUGACCGGCCGUGUGCGGAAUUUCCUGGUCGCCACCGUGGUGUUCAGCGCCGCGUACGGUCUGUGCGUGGCGCUUGUUGUGACGCGACUGGACAACGUGGUCAAGUACCACCUGUCGGCCACUUCCAGCCUGCUCAACACGAUCGCCUCGGCCGCCCUGUUCCCGGACCAGUUCCGCGUCACACCGGCUUACGUCGUCUCGUUCGUCGUGCUGAUGGUGGCCAUCUACCUUUACGAGAAGAAGAGCUUCGCGCUGCCCGACUGCUUAGACCGCUGGCGUCACGACAGCUUCAAGCGCGUCGGCCUGACGACAGUGCCAGUUACAGGCGAUGACCCCUACGACGCCGAGGACGUUGACAACGAGAAGGUGUCACUUGUCGAAUCGGGUCGAGCCUGACAGUGACGUGAUGCGGACAACCCAAGUCUUGUGUGGUGUUCUGUGACAUUAACGCUUCAUCAUCACGUUGUUCACUGGUCUUGUUGGAUAAUCAUUCACUGGCCUCUUUUAAUUACACUUUCAUCUUAUUGAUAA